AUGGCGAGAAUGACGGUGGGUAUUGUCCAAGGACGAUGGUCUGUUCUUCUGGUCUUGACCCUCAUGGCCACCAUCCACACAAGUCAUGCUUUCGGCUCCUUCGAGCUGCUUCCACGAAGCUCAGACUCCUGCCCAACCUCAUACGACUCCUGUGGUGGAAAUCUACCAAGCGACUUCUGCUGCUCUUCAUCUUCAACCUGCAUCAGUCUAGACGAUGCCACUUCCGCCAUCUGCUGCCCAUCAGGAGCAAGCUGUGACUACAUCUCACCCAUCGUCUGUGACGUUCAACAACAAAACGCAACCACCCAUCCCAAGAACUCUGUCAAGACGACCCGACUCGACGAUAGUCUUCCCACAUGCGGAGAAGCUUGUUGCCCAUUCGGCUACACCUGUCAAGGGAACAGCACCUGUGCUCUGGACAAAGCCACCUCCAGCACUGGAACGUCCACACCCACCACCACCACUUCUAGCACCUCCACCGACACCUUAUCAACCAUCGACACAGCCACCACUGGAGUAACAUUCACAUCAGUCCCCUCAUCCUCCGCCUCCGCCUCCAAAGAAACUACCAACAGUGCAACCCUCGCCUCCUCAUGCCCAUCCUUCCCAAGCAAAGCAGUAGCGGCAGGCUUUUUCCCAGGCGCGAUCUUCGGGGCCGUCCUCGUCCUCAUAAUAACCACUUGCUUUCGCCGUCGCGCCAAAAAGAAGGAACAGCAAGAAAUGCCCUGGGAACCAAAACUAAAAGCCUGGUCCCAACGGUCCUCAACCGGUGGAGUCAUAGGAAUCUCCCGCCCUAUCCUCUCAGAAGACUAUGGCCGCUCUGAUUUCCUCCUUCAUCCCUCGCCGGCACGACGCAGCUACCUCAGUUCACGAUCUACUAAAUCAAGACUCCACCGCACGGGAAGUCGAGUCCGAAGUCUCUUCUCGAAUGGGGCUCCGCGACUGGAUAAAGAUGCUCCACCUGUUCCUCCUUGUCCGAUUACUCCGCCCCAACAACGUCAGCCUAGUACUGAGAGUAUCAAGAUCUAUUCGCCGCCUGGAGCAUUUGCUCAGUCGCGCAAGUUUUUGGGACCGGAGCCAUAUCCACUUACUCUUGCGCGGCCGGAUACCACGUUUACAGAUUUGAUGCAGGUGGUCGGGUUUAAUGAUCCCAAGGGAAAUCCGACUUACAAGGUGACCGUUGAGGAGGAGAAAGAGGAGAAAGAGAGAACGCAGAGCAAAAGAAGUUAA